AUGGAAAAGCUACGAUUUUUGGGCAUACCGAUCUUGCUUUGCUUCACAUUCUUGCUAUUACAGCCAAAAUGCAGCUUUUCUGAAACCCUAAACGAAGGGGACAGACAAGCAUUGCUUGAUUUUCUGAAAGAAUUCCCCCAUUUACGCUCUCUGAACUGGACCGAGGAUUUUCCGGUGUGCGAAAAUUGGAAAGGAAUUACCUGCGGCGAGGGCGGCAAAAGGGUCACGGCGGUAAGGCUCCCUGGUGUCGGCUUUCACGGGCCCAUCCCUGAAAACACUCUCAGCCGUCUGUCGGCCCUGCAGAUCUUGAGCCUCAGAUCCAACGGCAUAAACGGGACCUUCCCGCCUGACCUCGGCGGCCUGAAAAACCUCACCUUUCUUUAUCUUCAGUACAACAAUUUUUCAGGGCCCUUGCCUUUGGAUUUCACCUUGUGGAGCAAUUUGAGUAUUGUUGACUUGUCUCAUAAUCGGUUUAAUGGCAGCAUUCCUAGCUCGUUCUCCGGUCUGAGUCGACUCACUUCCUUGGAUCUUGCUUUCAACUCUUUGUCUGGUGAGAUUCCUGAUUUGCCCUUGCCGAGCUUAGGUUUGCUCAACCUGUCUUGUAAUAAUCUCGUUGGUAGUGUGCCAAAGUCACUUCAAAGGUUCCCCAAAUCCGCAUUUGUGGGUAACAAUCAAUCUUUGUUGGAUUACACUGUCGUAAGCUCGCCUCUCGUUUUAGCCCCUCGAGAGAACGAUUCGAGAAGCAAGAAUGUGAGGAGAUUGAGCGAGAGUGCUUUACUUGGGAUUGUGAUAGCUUGUUCUGUUCUUGGUAUUCUUGGGUUUGGUUUCCUUUUAUUGGUUUGUCUGUUCAGGAGGACCCCGAAUGACGAGGAAGGUUAUAAUGGUAAUUUGGAGAAGGGUGGGCAUAUGUCGCCCGAUAAAGCGAUUUCCCGAAGCAAAGAUGCGAGCAAUGGGUUAACUUUCUUCGAGGGGUGUAAUUACGCUUUUGAUUUGGAAGACCUGUUGAGGGCUUCGGCUGAGGUUUUGGGUAAGGGCACGUUUGGGACGGCUUAUAAGGCGAUAUUGGAGGAUGCCACUAUGGUGGUCGUGAAGAGGUUGAAGGACGUGAGUGUCGGGAAGAAAGAUUUCGAGCAACAAAUGGAUUUAAUCGGGAGCAUAAAGCACGAGAAUGUGACAGAGUUAAGGGCUUAUUAUUACUCGAAGGAUGAGAAGCUCAUGGUUUACGAUUAUUACGAUCAGGGGAGUUUAGCUUUAAUGCUGCACGGAAAACAUGGUGAAAAUCGGACCCUCGACUGGAAUACCCGACUCAAAAUCGCGAUUGGUGCAGCUAGGGGCAUGGCCCGUAUCCACACGGAGAACAAUGGUAAAUUUGUCCAUGGAAACCUUAAAUCUUCCAACAUCUUCCUUAACUCCCAACAAUAUGGAUGUGUCUCCGAUCCGGGCCUCUCGGUUAUAAUGACCUCACUGGUUCGUCCCGUGGCCCGCGCCUCGGGCUAUCGUCCCCCGGAAGUCUCAGACACCCGCAAGUCGACCCAAUCAUCGGAUGUUUAUAGCUUCGGAGUCAUACUACUCGAGCUCCUCACGGGCAAGGCGCCGGUACACGCGGUGAAUGGGGAUGAAAUUGUAAAUUUGGUGAGGUGGGUCCACUCGGUUGUCCGGGAGGAGUGGACAGCCGAGGUUUUUGAUGUCGGGCUUUUGAGGUGUCCGAAUAUAGAGGAGGAGCUAGUGGAGGUUUUGCAGAUUGCGAUGGCGUGCGUGGGAAGGAUCGCGGACCAGCGGCCGAAGAUGUCUGAGGUGGUCGGAAUGGUUGAAGGGGUACGAGGUUUCGCGAGUAAUUAG